UAUUAAUUAGGUUUAAAUAUAGGAAACUUAUCGAGUUCCAUCACGUCCUCGACCGAGUCGAACAGGGAAGUAAAAGAUUAUGGAUUGCGAGAUGAGCAAAUCGAAGAUAGUUAUCGGAAUAGUGGUCGUUGCUGCAAUCAUCUUUGUUGGCGCUAUGGUAGGGACCUCGUUACGAAAACUAAGCACAGAGGAAGGUAUGUAAAUAUUGAAGAACUUGCUACCAAAUCUGCAGAAUUUUUAAGAAUUUAGAAAUUGCUGAUCAAAGUAAAAGAGUUGGAUGAUUGUUGUAAACUCGUCUUAAUUGUGAAAGAUUCGAGAUUUGCGUAAACGAAGCGGAUGAGUUUAAGCCAGCGGAAUGAAAACUAUCAAACAGGAAAGGAACAGAUUGGUUGACACUACUCUGGUGUGGACCAAGCGGAACAACUUUAAAGGCAAAAUUCUAUUCCAGUUAAGCCUCUUUUGAUCUCUUUUCGCUAUUAGGAAGGAGCUCGCGAAAACCCACGUGUCAUUCAAAGAAUUUUUCUUCGUCACUUUACCAUAUGUAAACAAAACACUGUUUACCAAAAGGAGUGAAAAUAGUUCUCUUGAUUAGAGAAGUGUUCUCGUCCAACUUCAAAAAGCUAGGUCAAUAGAAGCGUCAGGUUAGGUUCAAUGUAUUUUGGAUAAAGUUCUGAAAACUAGCUCGUCCCGUUUACAAGCGGUCAAAGGAGGUUUGCCUUUCUGUGUUAAUGGGACCAAAUUGUCCAGAUCGUUUCGGUCACGUCCGCUUUACCAAGUUCUAAUUUGUGAAUAAAAGAUGUACAGAUGUAUGUUGUAUGCAAACUGUGUUCUGAUUCGCUACCUGAGCGGGUAAGAUGGGUCCAUCUUGCCCGUUUGGGACUAUUUCGAUUUCGAUUUCGAUUCUAUUCGAUUUCGCGCAAGAAAAAACAUUGCAGUGCGUGGAGCGGACUAAGAAAAUUCGAAAUUUUUGGACAGUGUGGGCGAUAGAGUCGCAAAAAGCGGCAGAAAACAGUCAAAACAAAAUAAACAUAAACUACUCUCGUGGGUUUAUUAUGCUACAAAUGCUACAAAUACAGUUGGCAUUCAGGUUCCCAGCUCUUGAAAUAAACAAAUCAUUCUUCAUAGAUAGAAAUAAGAGAGAUGGUAAGUUUUGAGCUCAAGACGAAAAACAUCUUUCUGUAAAUCAUUCUUUAUUGUUGAUAGAGCGAAAUUUUCAUGCUAUAUGAUAAAUCCUUCAUUGACCAGGCUUGUUCGGAUGUAAGCCUUGUUCUUCUUUUUGCGUUUUUAUAAACCUCGAAUUUGUCUCAGUCCAUAAAAACGCCAAAAAAAGACCUCUAUCAAUAUUCAGCCAUCUUGACCUCACGCUCGGUAGAUAACGCAUAUAUCACAUUCUUUCAUCUGUGACAGUCGGUGUGGCGUACAAUAUCCAUGAGAAAAAGCUGUCAACUGAGGCGAAGAGGGAGGGGCUUCACUCUGGUUCCCCUGGUUACCGAUUUAUCAUCUUUCCCAGUGUGUUUCAGAGCAUAAGUUUCGAUGACCUGGAGUGUCUAAACAAAGAUGGCAUCGAGAUAGAGUUGAAUGUACAGUUUCAGUAUCGGGCAAGACCCAAGGAACUUCGAGAUCUCAUUUUGCAGUUUAAAGACAAAGACAGCUACUUGAAACUACUAAAGUAAGCGUAACAAAUGAAUAGAUCUGUUUAUGGUAGUCAUGAAAACCAAGUGAUUUUAAGCGUUGAUUAACUGGCUCUAAAGGAAUCCAUGAGUUUUGUAGGAAACAUUGAGUUCGAGGGGAGACAAAACUCACUGUUUCCAAAGGGGUCAGUGAUUUAGUGUUUUGUCAUACCUCCCGACUGAAAAUGUAUUGGACUGGCACACGAAUUUCUCGCAGUUUCAAGGAGCAUGACAAUAUUACUUGCGAGUCGAAAGUUUAAAUUGUUGUUUGGAAAUUUUGACCCAUGGCACGUGUCACGCUUAUGGCACGUAGCACGUCCAUGGCACAGGGCACGUGUCACGUCUUUCUGCAAUCGCAAAACGUUCUUGAGUUGGGAGGGAUAACAACCAAAUUUUGAAAUGGAGAUCCUAAAAUAUAUUCAGGUCUCAUCACAAAGUGCGACAAAUAUUUGCUAUUUGUUUAAUUUUAACCAUGCAAUUUUGAAAAUUGCGGGAAAACGUUUCAGUAAUCAAUUAAACCGUUUGCUUAUUUAUUCCUAUUAUCAGGAGCAUUGCUGAGUCCGCCAUCCAUGAUUCUUGUAGUGCGUUCAAUACCACACAGCUACAAUCUGAAAGAGCUUCAUUUCAAGAUCUCGUCCGUAAAACUAUCGGUCGAAGAUUUGACAAUGUAGGAGCUGAUGUCGAAGACCUACAGGUAACUAGCAGCAUGGGAAUGAGCAUGAAAGAGCUGGAGUCCGAUGAAUUAAAAAACAAGGAUUCGAACCUCGUUCCCAGAGGAUUUCAGCCCCUCCACCUUUCUCCACGUCGAGAGGGAAUGUGAAAGGAGAUGAAAGAAGAAAUAUCUCAACCCUAACCUCGUACUCAGACCUUUCACGGCCAAGCAGUUGUAAAUUACAUUUAAAUUAAACAGUAGGAUCUGGGUACGAGAUAAUCUCAACCUCUCCUCUCUCAUCCUUCCUUCCUCUUCACGAAGUCUCAGUCACUUACAUGCUACAAGUCUGUCAGGCUCUAAGGCCACCUGAUAACCUGUCAAAAAACGAGCGCCGGGGGGAGGGGUCUGAGGUCAUCCUUCCCCGAAAAAAUUUUGAAAACUAUCCUUCAUACGUACCUCCUACUAAACAAAACAAAAUGUCGUCCCGAUUUAAGGCCCCCCACCCCCACCCAUCCCAGCUCCGCCGUCCCUGCAAGGAAUGGUUAUUUAAUAAAAGAGGUGUUUCUGUAUAUGGUGAUCUUUCUUUUAUACUCAAGGCCUUAAUGUCUGAUUCAACGGUGAAACUGUAUGGAGAAAACAGAUGCUGAUCAUCCGUAAGGGGCUAAAAAAAACACUUCUGAGAGUUAAAGGGUGGAAAAGUUUAUUUCCCUCUUGAAUUAGUUUUGACAUGAUGAAUAUUUUUCUUUCCUUUAGGUUGAAAACAUCAUGCGCCCUGAAUCCUACGAAAAAGUCAUCCGAACUAAAGAAGCCGCCAAAGAAAACAUCAAGAUAGCAGAGAAUGAACGUCCACGACUUGUUGUGGAAGCGAAAUCUGAGAAAGAAGAAGCUGUCAAGCAAGCUGAGAUCACCAUCCAGCGGGCGGAGUCUGAGGCCAGGGUGCUCUUGUCCAAGGCGGACGCAGAAGCCAGCAGUAUCAGAGCAGCAUACGCUGCAGAAACGGCAGCAUUCCAGAAACUCAAGAACGACACCCUUAGUAACAGUGUAGCAGGACUUCUGUCGUAUCUAGGGGUGCGACUCAUCGCUGAGAACAAUAACACUGUUAAUGUGGCGCUGGAUGCUCCAGCUAAAACCAAGUAUACAUACACCUAACCCUUAAGUACCCAACGCCUAAGCUGUAAUUCACCCUUGAAGCUGCUGCAGAUUUUCCUUUGAGGGUUCUAGGUGACAUUAAGAUAAUCCACUUGGCAAGCUAUACGUGAAGCUGCUACAGAUUUUCAUUCGAG